AAAGUGACAUCUCCAAAAGGCACAAUUUUGUCUCAAUCUAAUUUUCAACCUCUAUUUCCAAGCAAUUUCUUCGAACCAUUAUUUGGAUGCCUAAGCAUAUAAAUUCAAAGGAACCCUUCCUUCAUCUUUGCCACUACUUAUUGCAGUUUAUUAUAAAAAUCCAAUAAACAUGGAGGAAAGUCCUAGCCAACAAGAUCAUGGAACUUGUUUCACAGAAGGUGACAAUGGAUUGUCGAAAAUCUCCAUCAACCUCAGGCCAUUGAAUGUUUCUGACAUAGAUGCUUUCAUGGUAUGGGCCACAGAUAAAGAAGUGGCUCGUUUUUGCACUUGGGAACCUUACACCAGCAAAGAGGAUGGCAUAAAUUUCAUCAAGGAUAAGGUAAUCCCUCACCCUUGGUUCAGGGCAAUCUGCAUAAACGACACCCCAAUAGGUGCCAUUUCGGUGACCGCGAAUUCGGGCAAUGAUAAAUGCAGAGGAGAGCUUGGUUAUGUUCUUGGGACCAAAUAUUGGGGUAAAGGAAUUGCAACUGAGGCUGUGAAAAUGGUUUCUGAGAUAAUAUUCAAAGAAUGGCCACAUUUGGUGAGACUUGAGGCUUUGGUAGAUGUGGAAAAUAUAGGCUCUCAAAGGGUUCUUGAGAAAGUUGGGUUUUUAAGAGAAGGGAUUCUUAGGAAGUAUAUGUUGCUCAAAGGAAGGUAUAGAGAUAUGGUGAUGUUUAGUAUCCUUUCUGGUUCACAUUAAUUCCAACACUUAAUUACAAUGUCUGGAUUGGAUUGGCUACUCAUUUCUCUUUCCAUUGUCACUAUGUUACUUUAAUUAAUAUUGAGAUUUAAGGUUUGAAUUCCUUGAUGUGAGAGUGGUGGCUUUUCCUAGGUCUUUGAAACUUGUGGCUGACCUCCUUGCCGGUUGGUUGGGUUCGAGAGGAGAAGUUUGUGUCUCUUGCUUGUUUGAGAGAAGUGGCCCCUUUGCAGUUACUACUUUUGCUUAGUUUUGGAUUUUGAAUAAAGUUUGCUUCUCACCAAAAAAAAAAAAAAAUCGUAAAAAUCUGAAUUUGCAUUUGUUUCUACUUAAUUGAAUUUCAAGUCUAACAUUAAAUAAUUGUAACCAGUUAUGGAGGAAAAACGUGACCGGAUUAGGAUAGGGUUUAUGGGUCACUUGUUGCUUUCUUGUCUACCAAUGUAUUAAAUGCAGGAAAUAAUUGAAUUAGAAAAGUGGUUAUG